AGUGCCAUAUUUUUUCAUUAAUUGCAACUGUUCUAGGCAGCUCUGAUGUUGAAAACAGAGCAGAAUACUGGUGCACUUAAUUCCUCUUGUGGGUAGUUUAAGAAAGUUGAAGUUUUGAUUAUAUGGCAGAAAAAUUUCUGCAUUUUCUUGAGAUACCCAGAUCCCUCAAUAGAGUUUUCUUCCAUUCUGAGUGGUGGGUAAGCUAUGAAGCUCCUUAUGCAGCGAACUUUCAUGUCCGCACCUCUGAGAUUAUUCCGCAGGGCUUCUUUCUGCCAUUCUGCUUUUAAAUGGGAAGGUGGUGUUUCUAUGGUGCAGGGAGCUUCAAGAGGAAUUGGGCUUGAAUUUGUCACACAACUGUUGGAGAAAAAAGACAAAGGGCAUGUAAUUGCCACAUGUCGCAAUCCCAAUGGAUCAACAGCCCUUCAUGAUUUGAAAAGGAAGUUUGAUGAACGCCUUAGAAUACUACAAUUGGAUUUGACAAAUGAAAACACCAUAGAGGCAUCUGCGAACUCCAUAAGAGAAAGAUAUGGGGCCUUAAACCUUCUAAUUAAUGCAUCUGGUGUUCUUUCAAUACCUGAUGUGUUGCAACCAGAAACAACAUUGAGCAAGGUACAAAAAUCAUCUCUGCUGUUUGCUUAUGAGGUUAAUGCACUAGGCCCCAUUUUAGUGACCAAGCACAUGUGGCCUCUUCUAAAAGUUGGGGGAGGCUCUGGGUUUGAAAGGGAUGUUGCAGUUGUCGCAAACUUAAGUGCAAGAGUAGGGUCCAUCGGAGACAAUCAGUUAGGGGGUUGGCAUUCAUAUCGGUCAUCAAAGGCAGCACUUAACCAGUUGACAAAAACUGUAUCAGUGGAGUUUGCGCAGAAGAAGGAUCCAGUCAUUUGUAUAUUAUUGCAUCCAGGAACAGUGGAUACGGAUCUCUCAAGGCCAUUCCAGAGAAACGUUCCUGAAGGCAAGCUCUUUACCAAGGAAUUCUCAGUGCAGAAGCUCUUAGGCAUUAUCGACAAUGUGAAGAGAAGUGACAAUGGAAAGUUCUUUGCUUGGGAUGGUCAGGAGAUUCCUUGGUAAUUAUCCCCUUUUUUCUCCCUACCACCACAAUGGAAUACUAUUUCUUUUAUUCCAUGGUUUCAAAUGCCUGGAACUAUAUUUGUUAAAGUUAUAUUAGUUAAUUUUUUUUCUUCUUUGUGUAACCAUUCCAUUGUUAUCAUUCACACUAGUAAAAGGUCCAUGGUGAAAGUGGAAUAAGAAAGCUUUAUAAGCUUCUAACAUAAGCUGAAUAGUCACAACUUCUAUUGGGUAUGUAUAAUAAUGGAUCUUAAAAGCUGAAGUGCUAGUUGAAGUAUCUCACUGCCCUAGCUUCCAAACUUCCAAUCAAAAGGAUGGCAGUGCCUAGCUCCUUUCACUGUAAUGACAUGCACAUUGCCAUUCCAGGCAAGUAAACAAAGAGACACUGUGGACAAAUUCAGAUUACUCCACCAUUCAAAAUAGGUUUGCACUAUCCAGAUUGAGGCUUUGACCUAGUUGAAAAGAAAUAUGCAAUAAGUGGCAGGGGAGUGUUUUGUAAAAAUCAUUAAUACAAGAAACCAAUGAAGUAAUAGUAACAUGGUCAGCAUUUUAAGAGAGUCAUAUGGAGCAUGCUAAAGAUCCUGUAAUAGUAUCAUCCUGGACUGAAUAUUUAGU